UUGCAAACACCGACACAUUUUCACAGUUGUUCGUCAAUUCUCUCUCAAGUUGUCUACAAUGGCACCACUGUACAAACUUACAUACUUCGAUGGCCGAGGUUUCGCCGAAUCCGCCAGAUUUCUCUUCAAAUAUGGCAACAUCGACUUUGAAGACAUCAGGAUCAAGAGGCAAGAUUGGCCCAAGAUGAAGAACAUGUUAGGUACACCGUUUGGUCAAGUACCCGUGAUGGAACACAACGGAAAGCAAAUCUGUCAGAGUGCUGCCAUCUGCAGAUACUUGGGCAAGAUGGUGAACCUCGCCGGAAACAACGACUGGGAAAACCUGGAAAUUGAUUCAAUAGUAGACACAAUGAACGAUUUGCGUAUGAAAAUUAUGUUGGUUCAGUGGGAGCAAGAUGCGGUUAAAAAACGAGAACUGAAAGACACAGUUCUUGAGGAAAUCGUUCCUUAUUAUCUUGCACGCUUGGAAGCUUUGGUGGAGAAAAAUAAGGGAAAUUUGGCGGUUGGUCGUUUGACUUGGGCGGAUUUAUAUUUCGUCAGUAUGAGUCCUGGUUUUGAUGCGUUUAUUGGUGGUGAUACUUUCGCCGCGUAUCCGAAUCUGAAGUUGCUGCGAGACAAGGUUGAAACGUUGCCAGGAAUCAAAGAGUGGAUUGAAAAUCGGCCAAACAGUGACUUUUAACUCAUUUUGUUUAUUUAAGUUUUUAUGCAAACGUGUUGAUUGUUUUUGAUGUUGUACACAUUUUUUUGCAUUCCUGAAGAAUUAAUAAAACUAUUAAAAACAAA